UCCCACCACAGUAAUCGAAAGAGACAGUAAUCCUGCUCCUCUCCAAAGCCUGCCAGUGGGAUGGACCAGGGAGGAGAGGCGCGGACAGGAGAAAGGAAGUGGAAUACAUGGCUGUGAAUUCAGACUUUGGGAUUUGAAUAAACAAACCAACAAAGUUUCACUUGUGUGAAAGGAGUACCUGAAAAGGGGCAAACCCUCCCACAGUAGUGUCGCCCUGGAGGCCAGAAGCCUCCCCGACGGCCCUGAGGAGGGACAGUGUAGGAGCGUCCCGUCUGCUUCUGCACUCCCUCUGAACGCUCUGGGGCCCAUCCCACCAGAGUCCAGGUUUACUGUGGAGCUCUGUCGGGACAGAGAUGUGGGCUGUCUGACUUCAGCUGACAGGUCUGCUACUGACUGUUGACUGAGCAGACCAUGCAGGUGUUCAGAGACAGCAUAUGACAGAGACUGCAUAAGGCAGAUGGAGGGCACCGCUGGACAUGGCCUAAAUGAUGACAUCCAUGGUAAAGACCAAAGAAUACCAUUUCAGAUCUUCCCUGAGCCAGUGGAGGUGGUCUUGACCCCUCAGUCCACUGCGAACCACGCGGAGCAGAGCCUGGAGCAGGAGAAGGAGCGACUGCCAUCCAUCGUGGUGGAGCCCACUGAAGUGAGUGAGGUGGAGAGUGGGGAGCUGCGCUGGCCCCCUGAAAAUAUCGACAUGGAUGAUGACGAAGAGGACCUUUUCCUGGAGCAGUGCAUUCCUCCGGCAAAUAUUGCAGACUGGGGAGAGGAGGAAGAGGAGGAGGAGAACUCUGUCAUUUUCAACCCACAGCCUGGACUUACUCUUAUUGAUCUUCAGUCAGAUGCAUUUCGAGAUGAUACACCUACACUUCCACCGAGCAAUGCAUCCGUUCUGAAAUGA